UCCCCAGGGAGGAGGAUGAUUCCUAUGCCAGGAGCUGGCUAGGGCACAGCAAGGCUGAAGGCCAAGGCUGUGGGGAUUUUAGUAGUGGAAUCCUCAUCCCUGGAAGUGCUCAAAAGGCCUGUGGAUGGGGCACUUGGGACAUGGUUUAGUGGUGAACACAGCAGCGCAGGGUGAAAAGUUGGACUUGAUGAUCUUAGAGGGCUUUUCCAACCUUAACCAUUCUGUGUUUCCAUGACUUUCUCUCCAAGAUCCUCACAGCUGGGAAGGGCUCUGCUCCCUGUUUUCCUGACACAGGGAAAGGCUUCAACAUCAUUCUCAGUGCUGAGGAAAACAAGCCCUGGUGUGGGGAGAAGAGGCCACCCUUUGUCUGCAGAGGGCUGGAGCAGGGAGGUGGCACAGGGGAGGACACUCCUGUUCCAAUUAUUUGUGCACUCCAGAGGAAAAUGUUUACAAGAUAGACUUCACCAGGUUCAAAAUCCGGGACAUGGAGUCUGGCACAGUCUUGUUUGAAAUCACCAAGCCAGCAGCUUCAGAGCGGGAGCACAAUGACAGGAAGGACGUGGACCCCAACGCCGGACGCUUCGUGCGCUAUCAGUUCACCCCGGCCUUCCUCAGACUGCGGCAAGUGGGAGCCACGGUGGAAUUCACAGUAGGAGACAAACCCAUUAAUAAUUUCCGUAUGAUUGAGCGGCACUACUUCCGUGACCAGCUGCUGAAAAGUUUUGAUUUUGAAUUUGGCUUCUGCAUCCCCAGCAGUAAAAAUACUUGUGAGCACAUCUAUGAAUUCCCCCAGCUCUCGGAGGAUCUCAUUCGAGAGAUGAUCCUGCAUCCCUACGAGACACAGUCGGACAGUUUCUACUUUGUAGACAACAAGCUGGUGAUGCACAACAAGGCAGAUUAUUCAUACAGUGGAGGACCUUGAGCAUGGGCCGGGCGGCCCCACCCGCGCUGGCCUCCCCUUCCCUCUGGAAGUCGUCAGGGAUCCCAACACCUCCAGCUCCUGCAGUGUCACCUGGACAAGGAUCCACCAACCAAGGACUCUUUGCCACAGUAGGAGUUUCAUGACAUCUCUUUUGAGCUUUGAAGCAGACCCAGUUCUUCAGAAGUUUUAAGCUAAAAAUGAUCUUUGGAUACCACUUCCCUAAGUUUCUUUAAGUGUCUGCUUUGAAAAUGGCCUUGUGGGACCUGAGGGGUUUUGCCCUAAUUCUGUGAAUUUAUGUUCUUGCCCUCAAGUAUCUUUUAGGAUUGCUUUCCCAAAGAAUGUAAUCAGAGAAACCAUGGGAGUGGAUGGAUGCAAAGGCAGAGGUUUGGGUGGUUGUUUCUCUUUGUGAAUGCUUCAAAGGCCAAUUUAACUUGUCCAGCCUGUUGAAAAUAUCGAGCAAAACAUCUCACAAAGGCAAGUUUCAUCUUUAGACUGGCUCUCUCCAUGAGUAUUUCAUCUUUUAGUUUCCAUCCUUCUGUGUAAUAUUCUGUUUAACCUUGGAAACACCAAAACCUGCAAUGAAGAGCAGUAGUUCAGUGACAGAGCUGUGUUAAUUGGGUGUUUUUGCAUUUACAUUCCUUUUACAUUUCAGAUGAAGGUAAAAUGGCAUUGUGGGUCUAUGAACCUCCAUAAGUACAUUCCAUUGAUUUCAGUUUUUCGCAGAAUAAUCAGGAAAAACAGAAGGAUUUUAGCUUUAUUUAACAUUUUUGCUUUAUUUAACAUUCAGCCUUUUCAUGCCACACAUUUCCUGUGUCUAUUUUUUUCAUCUCUGCUCGAUACCAAGAUAAGGACUUCAGCACUGCUUGUUAGAGCAACAUUUUAAUUGUCUAAGGCAGCUGGGGAGUGUGGAAUUUCCAAUUUUCUAUUUGUAUCUGCAUUUAAAGGAGGUUAAGACAGCGUUUCCCCUUUGUUAAAAAUGUUUCUCAUCAGAUAAUAAUAGAGGUGAAGCUAAAUCUAAUAAUCUACAACUUUAACACACAGCAAAAAAAUUAGCAAGAGUUCUCUCUUCUCUUCUGGAAGAAGUUUAACACCAAUUUAGCCCAAGAAAUAGCAACACCAAGAAUAAACUAGUGUGGGAUGACUUGUUGUCAUGAAACCCUUACUCUGAAGGUCAGUUCACUGAUACUUAAAAAAAAACAACCAACCAAACCAACAAAAAUAAAAGACAGUUGCAGCCUGUAGAUAUUUCUAUAAAUACUUGAUGUCUCCAUGUCUAAUUCUGUGAGUUGAAGUGGAACAUUCUAUGUUAGCCUCAGAUAGGUGUAAUAAUUGUAAUAAUUUUUCUAAAAAUACCAUUUCCAGUCGUGAUGAGCAUCUCUGUAGUCGCAGCCUACGUCAGACAGGACUACAAACAAUUCCAAGUGCAGCCUAAGGACAGGGGGGUUUUUGUGCUCCUGCUGGGCUUGUGGUCACUUUUCAAUGUGUCACCAUUUGUAUUUGGCUUGGCUUUUUUGACUGCUGAGAGAGGAGGCAGUUUUUUUUUUUAAAAAAACACAGUGAUUUUAGGUUACAGCACAGUUUUUAUUAAGCUUGGUAGCUGCAAAAGUGUGUCAAGUUCACUGAUUUUACACAAGUAGUAGCUUGUAGUAAUUCUUAUCACAGUGAGACUUGUAUUUAUCACUGGUUUUUGUCUCUAGUGUAUUAAAUCAUACAAGUAGCCUAGGGCUGACUGAUCAGUUUGAGAGAUACAAAGGAUUUCCUCAUUAUUUGUGCAGUCCUUUGAGCUACUGACCAUUAAUUUUAUAGCACAAUAAUUACUCAAGAUGAAAAUAGUUUCAAAAAUGUUUUCACUCCUCCCCCAACUUAUUUUUUUUUUAAUCAGGGCUGUUAAAUCAUAUCUCCAAUGACAUUUUGUAAGUUUUAAGUAUUUCUGAGUUUUGUUUCAAUUUGCAGGAAAAAAAAAAGUUAAUUUAAAGACAAACUAGAGUGAAUGUUUAUAAUUAUCACCCUGUACAGGGUUUUUUGGGGGGCUAUUUUUCACCUGCUGUUCAUAACAGUCGCUUCUGUGCAUAAGACUUUUAAAAGACUUUUAGGAAUUGAAUUUGCCCAUAAUUGCCAGUCAUCUAUUUAAUAUGUUGUGAUGAGAUCAGGUGUACUUUGGUGUGGACUCUUGGGUCAUUUGAUGGAGUUUCCUCUGAAAUGUUCUGCUCCUUUUUUAUGCUAUCUCCUUUCAAGACUUACAAAAAAAGAGAAAUUCCAUAAAAAUAUUACUGUAAUCAAGGGAAAUUUGAGAGGUAGACAUGCCCCUUAUAAAAGAACCAAGAGAAAGUCACUGUGUGCCCAGGAGUGCAGAGUGUGGAUGGAAUUUCUGACAUUUUCAAGUGUAGGUUUGAGGUUGAACACAAGAGGAUGAAUUAUCAGCUGCUCCUCUCCUGAAAACCUUUAAAAUUCAAAUUAUAUAUGUAAUAAUUCCAGUCUCACAGGAAAUUUACUGUGAAUCAUAUGGGUGAUAUUACACUGAGUUGGUUGCCUAAAUAUUAUUAGGAAUAUUUUAAGCCAGAAAUAAAGGUUGGACAUUUUCAAUAAAAUAAAUUUCAACCAAUUCUAGCUUUAGCUUUUCAGUUAGGACAAUUUCCCUCUUUAUUAAAAAUCCCCAGAGUUUGCCACAAGUAACAAAUUCUGAUUUCUAAACCAAAGCAAAGAACAGAACUUUCCAUGGGAAGGCGCUGUUUUCUGUGUCCCACUGAAGCAGUUAUUGGGAAUUAUUUGUUAGCAUUUCCUCAUGGUCAUCCACAUCCACAAUCUCUGCAAACACGUGGGAAUUACUGUCUAGGAGAGAGAUUCUGUUCCUUUCCCACCUGCUCAUGCAGCAGCAUCACGUGUGGUGUUGAUAUGAGGCACAUAAACAGCACUAAAAGAAUGUUUCUUCAAAAAACUUUGUUUGUGGAGUUGCUGUUUUAAUGCCACUUCUGUCCUUGUUUUGCUUAAGAACCAUCUUCAAAAUUUAAAGACCAAACUGUGCAGCACCCAAUAAUUUCAACUUCCUUCUGAGAGGGAGCUGAGUUUGCAGCCCAGUUGUGAAACCCACAUUUUUUUCCCUUAAACUGGCAGCUGGUUCUUAUUAUAAACCAGUUGAGAAUGAAGUCUUAGCAGCAUUGUUCACAGAAGAAUUUGUUAAUCUUCUUGACUAGCUAUUAUUUUGUAUUUUAGCAUUCAUCAUUAUUGGGUUUACUUUGGAAGUUCAUUGCGAAAUCACCAAAUAUUGGCUCUGGGAAAAAAAGAAUUGUUGUAUUUUUUUCCUUGAUCUCAUUUUAAACAUGACUUUAAUUAGCACUACAGCUUUGUUUUAACAAGCCAGCCUAGCAAUUUGGGAUCUGACUUUUUGAAAGUGAAAGAAAACAUCUAAGAGCUAACCAAGAUUAUCUGCUAAUAAUGCCCUUCUGUUUCCUGUCAUAAAACAGGAUUAAGUGUGUGCUUUACACAGUGACUUAAUCUUGGAAAAAGAAACAAAAUCUCCCUGAGUGCUAAUAGUGACAUAAUUUUUCUGAGAGACAGGGAAAUUACAGCUCAACACAUUCUUCCAGGGAAAUUAUAAUUUGACAUAUUUUUUCACUUUGUCAGUCUUGGAUUCCUUUCACAGUCAGGGUUUUUAAGAAAAGUAGCAAUACAUUGGUAGUGAGCUGCAUGCUCUAAUUACUCACACUUCUGUGGCAAGGAGAGAACCCUUUUUUUUUUUUUUUUUAGAAUUAACACAUCAGCUGUGGUUGAAAAAUUUAGAAACUUUGCUCUCAGUUCAGUGGCAAAAGCCAAAAUUGUUUUUGUGAAUUAUCCGUUAUGUGGUGACAUUUCUGAAAUAACUGAAUGAUCCACCCUUCCUGACUCAGAAGAAUUUAUUUAUUUAUUUAAUGUAGAAAGUCUCUCCAGGGUUGAAAACAAUCUUCUGGGGUUUAGUUCUUGCUCAUAAUCUCUCUCUAUGUCUUGUUUCUUGAGCAGGUCAGUAAGAUGCUCUAUUUUCCACCUCUGUCCUCUGAGUUUUAUUCCAAAAUCUUGUGUAGUGUCACAGUGGUGGUUGGCUGUGUGUGAAACAUGCAGGCUACUUCCAAAAUCCCUUCAAACUGAGAAAAACCUGUUAAAGUAUAUUGAGAAUUAUCCUACAUAUUGACCCAUAAAAAAUAAACCCCAAACUUAAUGACAGGGAACUUUUAGUCAUGCAAAGAUUUGGGGCUAUUUAAGAUAAGAAAAUGCUAAUACCCAACCAUCAUAUUUAGCAAAUAUUAUAAAAAUUCUUUAUUAAUUAUUCAUAAAAGAUGGUUAACAGCUCAGUUUUAAUUAGAUCUGGUUAGGAAGGAAACCAUAGCAAUCAUUGCUGUCGUUUGGGGCUGUGGGUCAGCAGCUGGCACUGUGUGUGUGGCACAAAGUUUGGGCAGGUUUGUCUGCAUUUUUGGGGGGAAAAUGAGGGAAAGGAGGACAAGGACAGAAAAAAGCAUUAAUUUCAGCUAUUUGGACUCAAGAGCUUCAAGGCCAUGGUGAGUGACUCAAUUUUCUCCUGGGUCUGAGGCAGCUGGCAGCUCCUGCUCAUGGUUCUUCUCUCUACCCCCAGCCUAAACCCUGCCUAAAUUUAUAGAGGCUUUUCAGUAUUAAUGUCAAAUACCACUGAGAGUUCAUCUCAUUUAACCUACAUGGAAAUUGCUGAUUUAUUUGAGGGCUGUGAUGCUCCAGGUCUCACCUUGCAGCUCAGUUGUUCAGUGGGUUGAAAUGAAAUGUUUGUGUGUCUGCAGCCCCCCAAAAACCCCCUGUGCUCCUGCCUGCUCUAGUGUCUGCUUGUAUCUUAAUACACCCAGCAAACCUGUUUGAAUGUGACUUUUUUUUUUUUCCUGGCAUAGAAACAGAAUUGUCUGUAUUAAAAUGUAUUUAUAAAAAAAAAAAAAGUCUAUUUUUUGUGGAAGGAAAGUAGGAUUCUGGUUACUAUACCACUGGGAAAAUGUUAGGAGCAUUUUUACUGAGUUAAUUUCUAAUUCUUUGUACCUUGGUAGUGAUUUGUUUGCUAGGAGAACAUCCACUGUGGCCCAUCCUGUGGCAAUGCAAUGCACUGUCAUGCAGAGAAACUGGUUUUCAGAAAACUGGGAAUCCUUUGUUUCCUUUUUGGGACAGGAGGGAACUGAGGAGAUCACCAGGAAUAGAAGAAACCUUGGCACAGAAUCUGUUCUGUGGCUUUGGCUUCAGCCUGUUUGACUUUUUGCAGAUUAAGUAGAGAGAGAAAAAAAGAUUGAGACUUCUGGAUUAAAAAAAAAAAAAAGAAAAU